GGAGAACUGAAAGCAGCCCUAAAGUACAUGAUUUCAAUUGCAAGGUGGUGUGUUAUGUGUGACGAGGUCGUUGUGAAUAUAACCAUACGAAGUGGAAACGGUGAACUUUCGGGGCAAUAUGAAGCUGAAAAGGGUCCUCGCGAGAUGCUGCCAGAAACGGGAACAAGGGUUCUUAUGCCGAUAUCAACCAGAAGGAGGACGGACCAACGCGUCGAACUCCAGAUGAAGAGAUCAGGCAAUAGAGCUUCGGUUGAAACCCGAAAAGACCUAAGCUGUUGACAACAAGAUCGCAUUUCAGUGACUACUACGUUGAAGAAGUUCAAGAUAGUCCUGAUAGGGCAGAUAACUGCAGGCCUGGGCAAUUUUACUAUAAAAGAGACGGUUGACUCGAUGAGAUCGAGUAACAGAAUUGUUCUGCAGUUCCAGACUAACUCGGUUUGGGAAAGGCGGUACGGUACCCGUAUCUUAGACGCAUCUUUGCGGUGAUAAGGAAACCGAUUUGUCCAAUGAUAUUUCUUCGUUUAUAUCCGCCGCCUGGGGUAAACUACCCUCCGAUGGGUUGGCUCCUGCUCACAUGGUGCUGAUAGCGGCGGCCCUGCCUGCAGUUGCAUUUUUCUGCAGAGCAUCUUCUUAAGGUACCUUAAGGUAGGCCCAGAAUUUCAAGAGGAGUACGUACCGUCCGUCUGCACUGCAAGCCUCUGUUUCCACGUUACCUUAUGUUUUGUUUCUCUCACGCAACAAACCAACAUUCAAGGUCAACCUUGGUACUCCGUACAUCUCUCCUACACAAACCGAUAACGGGAUCCUCCCAACGUCUACAUACGUCAACAUUACCCGAAAACCACAUUCAACAACCACUCAUACCAAGUGUUGCUCCAUGGAUUUAGGGUCUUCUGUGGGGGCACCCACUAAAACACGACUUGGCUUCUCGGGCCCCAUUUUCGUAUCCAUGUCCCUCGAAUCAUCUCUCCGCAUCGUUCUAUUCUAUGCCGAAUAAUAUACGUACCAUUUCACGUUGAUCGUAUUCGAAUGGAUACCUAUGAACGCUUCGACUUUGUCGUUGCGUGAUGGUCUUACCAUGCAGAUCCUUCUGCUUUUCGAGGUCCGGACAUCUGAAUCUACAAACCGUCACAAAUUGCUCGUGUGCUCCAUGAAACAACGAGCAACUACCGACCGGAGAUGCAAAGUCCUCUCGGUGCCAACACGGGGAAGGAUAACCUUUCUCAGCUUGACCUACUACGGCAAAAGUGGCCGCCGGCGAGGGUCCUUGCGUGGUAUGUUCCUUGUCGGCUAGUUAUCUGCAACGGCUGGGUCUUAGGAUGACGAUCAGACUGAUAGUGGGAGUGGCUGCCGAGCGCUGAUAACCUCGAGCCAAGAUGGGGUCGCUCUAGUUCCUCUUGUCAACGCAACCUUAACGCAACCAACGCGGCAUGUCCAUCUCAAACCACAAAAUAUAAAUACUGCCUGUCACCCACUACAUACGAUGAGACUUUCCAAGACAAGAAGACGGUGGAGAAGUUCCAAUUGGUCCCCUCUCAUCCUUCAGCAAGACCACCAUCUCACAUUCUUCCAUCAUUUCUUGUGUCAUUGGAUUUAACCCCAGUCUGCCAGCCCUACUUGGUGUCACCUACACGUCAUAAGCACCUCGGACAAGGUCUACCUAUCACAAUACAAAAAGUCUAUCUUGCUUUUUGAGUUUCUUCUAGAUCAAGCAUUCGAAGCUUUUUGAUACCCGUUCCUGGCUUACACUUCCACCUCUCACCUCGUCAUACACCUCAGCCAUGGAGACCAGAUCACGAUUUAGGGUCUGGGCUGAUAAAGUCGCCGUUGAGUCUGAACCUGGCUUGACUAAGACCCAGCUUAUGGUAUGAAGGCCUUGCAAGCUUUAGCUUUCCAUCAUUGGAGUGCACUAUGCAGUGCGAUGAAUGAGACCGAGUUGUACUGAACUUUUAUGCAGCUUACGAACCACGAUCUCAAACCCGUCGAGGCGGAGCGCCGACAAUGGGGCCCAUGGAACUUUGUUGGUUUCUGGAUCGCCGAUUCUUUCAACAUCAACACUUGGAUGAUUUCAUCAUCAAUGAUUGUCAAUGGUCUGUCAUGGUGGCAAGCCUGGCUCUGUGUCUGGAUCGGAUACAGUAUCACUGGUAUCUUUGUCGCAAUCAAUGCUCGUUUCGGUGCUAUGUACCACAUUGGUUUCCCUGUUGCCAACAGAACCUCCUUUGGUAUCUGGGGUAGCUUGUGGCCUGUACUGAACCGUGCUGCUAUGGCCUGUGUAUGGUAUGGAGUGCAGGCUUACAUUGGUGGUGACUGUAUCUAUCUCAUGAUCCGCGCCAUCUGGAAGUCAUGGGCCAAUGUUCCCAACACUUUCAGCGACGGCUCGGGCACCGAUACCGCACACUUCGCUUCCUUCUUCAUCUUUUGGCUUGUAUCGCUUCCAGCGCUCUGGUUCCCUGUCCACAAGGUCCGACAUCUCUUCACUGUCAAGGCAUACGUUGUUCCCGUGGCUGGAAUUACCUUCCUGGCUUGGACCAUCUCGCGUGCAGGUGGUAUUGGCCCCAUUGUAAAGGCUGGUAACAAGGUCCACGGCAGCGACUUGGCCUGGGAAAUGGUCAAGGGCAUCAUGUCUUCUAUUUCUAACUUUGCGGCACUCAUUGUCAAUGCCAGCGACUUUUCUCGAUUUGCGCAGAAGCCCAGAGACGCCGUCUGGCCCCAGCUGAUCACGAUCCCCUUCGGUUUCGCCAUCACUUCAUUCAUCGGCAUCAUGGUCUCUUCAGCUUCUUCCGUCCUGUACGAAGAGGCCAUCUGGAACCCCCUUGAUCUUCUGGAUAGAUUCAUUGACGAUGGAAGCUCGGGCGAGCGCUUUGGUGUCUUCUUCCUUGCUACAUGCUUCGCCCUAGCUCAGCUUGCGACCAACAUCUCAGCGAAUAGUAUAUCAGCAGGCACUGACUUGACUGCUCUCCUCCCUCGUUGGGUCAAUAUCCGUCGUGGAAGCUACGUUUGCGCCGUCGUUGGCCUGUGUAUCUGUCCCUGGCAGCUUCUCAAGGACAGCAAUCAAUUUACGACCUACCUUUCAGCCUACAGUGUGUUCCUGAGCUCAAUCGCUGGUGUUAUGGUUUCCGAUUACUACAUCGUGCGCAAGGGUUACGUUGAUACCAAGGAACUCUACGACGGUCGAAAAGAAGGGCCGUACUACUUCACAGGUGGUUUCAACUGGCGUGGCUAUGUUGCUUACAUCGCCGGAAUUGUCAUCAACGUAGUCGGUUUCGCCGAUGCUGUUGGCGCCAAGAACGUUCCACAGGGCGCGAUCUAUAUCUAUCAGCUCAACUACUUCUGUGGUUUCAUCGUUGCAUCGGCGAUGUACUGGGCCCUAUGCAGAAUCUCACCAGUGCCAGCGACCAGCGAUCGAUGGAUGGAGGUUGGUGAUGAGAUCGAUGAUAUUCGAGUCGCUUAUAACUCGAGAACUCCAUCAUAUGACGAAGAGAUUGCGGGGAGUGAAGCGCCAAAGGCAGUAGACGAGACGAAACAUUUUUGAUUUGGGCAUGUAGAAUUGAGUGUUUAUUUAUGGGGAUAGAUUUAUUAUAACGACUGUUGAUUUCGAGAUGUUUGUAACAUAGCAGCACCAGCUGUGUGACGAAUGAAUAUAAGGUUUCGAGCCAAUUUGCUUUCCUACACUCUGGAUUUACUAAAAUGGUUUUGCU